AUGUACAAGGCACAAAUCUGGGUUGCCAUUGUGGCGGGUAUUGAGAUCUCCUUGGCUAACUGCAAGCCGAGCACCUCUCAAAGCUGGCCUGGAAACUCGUCGACAACCGUCCCUUCGGUGUUCCCGCUGCUUGAAGAUGUGGGAUCUGCAGACUUGUUCCCGAUGCCACUCUGUGGAACUUUCAAGUUGGAAGAAGCCACAAUUGACGAGAUGCAAGCAGCAUUGACUGCUGGCACACUCACUUCUCAGCAGCUAAUCGGGUGUUAUAUCCAACGAACCUACCAGACGCAGGAGUAUAUUCACUCUAUCUUGCAAAUCAAUCCAGAUGUCUUCCAGCUAGCUGCCAAGAUGGACUUGGAACGCAAAGCCGGAAAGAUACGGGGGCCACUACAUGGCAUUCCAUUCACCGUCAAGGACAACAUCGCCUCCAAGGACAAUAUGGAGACGACAGCAGGCAGCUUUGCGCUUUUGGGCAGCAUCGUCCCCCGAGACGCUCACGUGGUCAAGCGCCUUCGCGAAGCCGGCGCUAUCUUGUUCGGCAAGGCCGCUCUGAGUGAGUGGGCCGAUAUGCGCAGCAACAACUAUUCUGAGGGGUUCUCGGCUCGAGGCGGUCAGUGCAGAAGCCCGUAUAACUUCACACUCAAUCCGGGCGGUAGUAGCACGGGAAGCGCUGUUGGCGUCGCGGCGAAUGCCAUUGCUUUCUCGCUGGGCACGGAGACAGAUGGUAGUGUCAUUAACCCCGCCGAGCGAAACGCCAUUGUAGGAUUCAAGCCUACAGUUGGUCUGACUUCAAGGGCAGGGGUCAUUCCUGAGAGCGAGCAUCAAGAUUCUGUCGGAACCUUCGGCCGCACAGUCAGAGAUGCUGUUUACGCUUUUGAUGCAAUCUAUGGCAUUGAUGAGCGAGACAACUACACCCUGGCUCAGGAAGGCAGGACGCCUGAAGGGGGUUACACUCAAUUCCUAUCUACAAAGGAGAUCCUCAAAGGCGCCACCUUCGGACUUCCCUGGAAUAGUUUCUGGGCUCUCGCAGACGAUGAACAGAGGGAGUCUCUAGAGCAAUUACUCAAGCUCAUUACCUCAGCUGGGGCAACGAUAAUCAACAACACUGAAAUCACUGACUAUGAGACCAUCGUUAGCCCGGAUGGUUGGGACUGGGAUUAUGGCACAUCAAGAGGCUACCCGAAUGAGUCCGAGUACACGGUCGUUAAAGUUGACUUUUACAACAACAUCAACACCUACCUUUCGGAGCUGGAAAACACCGAUAUCAAGACUUUCGAAGAUAUCAUUGCAUUCAACUAUGACAAUGACGGGACCGAGGGCGGUCAUCCUUGGCCACUUGGGACGGCCGCGUUUUACUCUGGCCAAGACGGGUUUUUGGCAUCUCUCGAGUCGAAAGGUAUCAAGGAUGAGACCUAUCUUCAAGCUGUCGAGUUCUCCCAGCAGUCAACGCGGAGUGGUAUCAAUGAUGCCCUCACCUCUUCUAAUGGGACGAAAUUGGCUGGUCUCCUAGUCCCUCCUGACGUCGGCCAGACGUAUCAAAUUGCUGCCCAGGCGGGAUACCCCAUGAUAACUCUCCCGGCCGGUGUUCGCUCUAGCACUGGAAUGGGUUUCGGCUUGGCCAUAAUGCAAACAGCGUAUGGAGAAGCGGAGUUGGUUAAGUGGGGAAGUGCAAUCGAGGAUUUGCAGUUGACGACAGAGGGAAAUCCGUACAAGAGGACUUUGCCUAAUUGGUACGAGUACCUCACACGAAAUGUGCCAGUCUUCUGA